AUGACACUUGAAUGCCCUUUCUGGAAGUUUCUUCAGAUCGACCCACGCUAUAAAAGGAGGAGGCACUCGCUUCAAAUAUCAGAUUCGAAAGUCUUCCCUGACGAUCAACUUCAAGAAGUAGCUCGCUGCUCUUUCCUCACUACUCACCUGAGACUGCAGUUAUUGAACAAUGGGUUUCUUCCACUUUUUCGACCCCUUGUUGGAGGUGGACAUCGGCGGCGACAGGAGAGUUGGUGAAGAAGAACCCUACGAAACCAUGACCGAAGUGCCGCCGAGUACGGAAACUGGCCGGAGUACUGAUGUCUUCCCUUGGAGGUUCCCUCUCAGGAGGAGAUAUUCUCCUGCGUCUCUGAUCGCCUAUUGUGCCAGGAGACUGGAGUUCUUGAUGAGGAUGAUCGAGAACCACCAUCCUUUUGCCUCCAGCACCGAGGAGGACAGCGUAGCCUGGGCUAACUGGAGCCAUUACGGAAAUCUGGAGGGAUCCGGAGACGAGAUCAUGAGAAUGGGCUCGUUCCUGAGUGUUGGCAACAGAUUGAGCCAUGCGUGGGGGCUCGUGGCCAGAAGGAGGCAGCUUUCUCCAUUCGCUCUAUUCAUGCGGUAUCUCGAGAGAUUAGAGUGGUCAGCGAACUCUGUAGAGAAUCGCCAUCCCAGAGACUUCAGCAUUCAAAGGGACAACGUAGUCAGGUUCAGUCCCAUGUCACGCGAAGGAUCCGAACCUAUUAGAAGGAGAUUGCCUCAAGCAGUUUGUGACCGACGCCCUUUGGUCAGUGAGCUGUCGACCGCUAUGGUUAAUAUGCAAUUUGCAGAGAUUUGUCACAUGAAUAAUUUGGUGCCGGCAGAUGACGAAGGGCCCGAAGAAAUGCAAGCAGGAGAAGGGGAAAGUGGAGCAGAGCCUGAUGGUGAUUUCUGGCGUAAUAACUACCGCGGAAUCGUCUCUCGGGACAGGCGUGUGAGGCCACGUUCCAGGGGUCUUUGAACGAUGGCAUGUUUUGGCAGCGUCCAGUGACCAGAGUUCCACCUGGGAGGACAAAGAAUGCCGAUGACUGUUAAACAUCUUGAAACGGGGACGCUUUUCCAAAAUCUAAUGCAGUGUGGAAAACUAAGUUGAUUGACGGACAUGAUAGAGUAAGAGAUACGCUUCAGUGGCUUUCCUGUCAGUCAGGAAGAAGUCAUUGUUUUAGACGUAAAUUUGAUUAUUGUUUAGGAAGACAAACGUCAUUGCAUUUUAAUAUCUGUUACUUUAAGGCUUUCGUGGGAGAAAUUUGGUAUGGCACGUUUUAAACUCAAGAAGGACAGUGCUUGUUGGAAUUGGUAUGUAAAAUCUCCGACAGAAAUGUAACACUCAUUUGAGUAAUAUGAUAAUUGUUUUAGAUUCCCACUCUUCCAUUAAGUUUUAGUUACUGAAACGAAUAUUUCGAAGUGGUUUUGACGGCAUUUUUCAAGGCUAAUUCCAAGUUUUGAACAGUGUUUUGCGAUAGUGAGUUACCUGGUUUUCAAAAUGGUGGAAUACAGUUUUUAAGAACAGGGUAAUGUCUCAGUCCGAGCGCCUGACGACAGCACAUUCAUUCGCUCAGCUCAACUCUGCUUCUGACACCGAUUUCGAUACUGUUGUUAGAAAUUCCAAUAAUCUUCAACCUACAAUGUGGCCAUAUAUUUCCUCUCGAUGAUUCUAAUAACUGUGGCAAAAUAUCAACUUUUCGUGGUGAUGUCCAUUCAGUUAUCUAGAAGAAAUAUAUUUCCACACUGUAAGUUGAGAAUUAUACUGAAAAUACUCUGUAAGUAAUAGCAUUUUUUUUAUUUUGCAAAAAUAAAAAACAGUUUCCGU